UGAAUACACUGCAGGUUCACUCUCGCUCGUAUCAAAGGUAAAUCAUCAACAGUAUAAUUCCUUACAAGUAUUUUAUUGAACUAAAUACAUCACAAUCUGCUAAAACAUAAGCGCACAUUACUUUCUGAACAAGCGCACAGUUAGCGUCAGUGUUGCUUUCCCAUUUAUGCAAACUGUGCCCCGUUCUGAACUAAACUGCCACUGUUUGUGUAGCAGAUACAAAUGUGGGUAAUAAUGCAUGCUGUACAUUUUUCUUUCAGAGAUGUCAGCGAUCUGCUUCAAUCCAGAUGAUCCAGAUGAUCCAGUGAUCCGGAUUCUUCUGAUGGGCAGAAAUCGUUCUGGGAAAAGCUCGUCUGGAAACACUAUAGUGGGAGCAGGAAAGUUUAUAAAGAAGGAUGAACCUGAAGUUUGCUAUGAAGUUAAUCAGAUUGGUGGAAAGCAGGUUGCUGUGAUUGAUUGUCCAAAUCUACUGGAUCCAAGUCUCAGCAAAGAGAAGUUUGAAAGUCUGAAAGAGCAGCUGGUCUCUAAAUCUUCAGCAGGUCUCAGUGCAGUUCUGCUCACUGUUUCUCUAGAGGAGCCUGUGGAAAAUGAGGAAGAGAUCCUGCAUUUCAUUAAAGGUGUAUUUGGUCCAGAAGUUCAGAAGUACAUCAUGAUUCUGUUCACACACGAAGAUGUUCUGGAUGAGCUGGAACAGACCAUUGAUGAAUAUCUACAAAAACAAGAUCAUGCAGAUCGUCAGCAGUUGGUGACAGAAUGUGGAGGAAAGUUUCAAUGUUUCAAUAAUAGGGGUAAACCAAAUAUCAAAGAAAGACAGAAACAAGAACUACUGCAGAAGAUAGAAGGAAUGAUGAAGGACAAUAGGGGGAAAUUUGUAAUGGCAAAAAUGAAGAGGAGUGACAGCAAAGAAAUGCCUGAUGUCAACUUUUCAGGAGAAACUCCUGCUCAAGAUCCAGAUGAGAUUUAUGUCAUUCCUGAGAAGAAAGAGCCGAUCAGGCUGGUUCUGCUGGGAAAAACUGGAUCUGGGAAAAGUGCCACUGGAAACACCAUCAUCGGCAGAAACGUGUUCAAAUCUUCAGCCGGUUCAAAGUCUCAGACGAAACAGUGUCAGUCAGAAACUACAGUGAGGAACGGUAAAGAGAUCACAGUGAUCGACACACCUGGACUUUAUGAUACUGAACUCAGUGAAGAGGAGAUUAUUACAGAAGUAAGGAAAUGUGUAACUUAUGCCUCUCCGGGACCACAUGCUUUUUUAAUUGUCAUUAGUGUGGGUCGAUUUACUAAAGAGGAAAAAGAUACAGUUCGACAUCUCGAAAGAGUGUUUGGAGAAGAGAUACUAAACUACACCAUGAUCAUCUUCACUCACAAAGAUCAGUUAGAGAAAGAAAAACAAACUAGUCACCAGUUUUUACAGCACUGUGAUCCAAAUCUUAGAAAAGUCAUACGCCGUUGUGAAAAUAGAUUUUUCUGUCUGGACAACAACUUUGCCAGUUUCCCACAGUUCAAAGAUCUGCUCAGUAAAAUAGAGACGAUGGUAGAAGAGAAUGGAGGGAUGUACUUUGCACAUGAUGCGUUUAAGAAAACAGAGAAACACAUUCUGCAGAUACAGAAGGCUCAAAAGAAAACCGGUUGUUGUGUAAUUCAGUGA